AUGUUCGUGUGCAACGUGUCGCAGGCCAUCGCUGCGAAGGAGGAGGCUGGCGGAGGCUUCUCCGAGUCGGUGGCCCCGCUGUUCAUCUUCACCCUCCUCGACCAGCCCCCCAAGGACGGGUACCUCACGAGGGAGGAGCUGCAGCAGCUCGCGCCACUCCUCGCCAUGGCGGGCCCAGAGCUGGCACCCACCUUCCAGCAGCUGCUGGACCGGGGCUUCGCCCUGGCGGACAGCGACCCGCGCGACCAGAGGCUGUCUCAGGCCGAGGCCGGGAAGCUGAUAUCGGACCUCCAGAAGAUGAUCCCGCGGCUUCGGCGGCUCUUCAGCGCGAUCGUGUGCGUCGCCGCUGGGGCGGAGUGCGACGAGGCGCUCACGGGAGAGCUCCUGCUGGACGUCCUGGACCUAGACGGCGACGGCCGGGUGAGCAAGGCGGAGGUGAACACGUACGUCGUGGUGCUGGAGGUCGCCACGGGUUCCCCCCACCUCGGCCCCGUGGGGAACGACUUCGUCCGCGCGGCCGACGCGAACGGCGAUGGCUAUCUUGACGAGGCCGAGCUUGACGAGGUCGCGUACAGAACCACUGUCCUUCUCAACGUGAUGAGGGACCCCAGUCCCGAGAACCUCAAGGCGCUCCUGGACAGGGACGGCGACGGCCAGGUGAGCCCCGAGGAGCUGGAUGGCAUCGUCGACGUGAUGCCGUGCUCGACCUCCACCGCGAUGAGCGGCGUCGAGGCGGGCUCCACCGCCGCGGUGGGCCCCACGCCGGCACCCAUGGGGGAAGAGGAGCUCGGCGUCUUCUCCACCACGGUGGGCGAGGCCACGCCCCAGUGCGCCCUGGACGCCGGGCUCGCCGCGCGGCGGCUGCGGCCCUCGCCAGAGGGCCACGGCCGCCCGGCGCCGGAGGCGCGGGCGCCGCCAGCCGGCCGCGCCGCGGAGGCACGGAGGCUGACGGAGGGGUGGGCCUCGGGCAGCGCCUGGGAGGAAGUGACGACACAGCUCGCGGCGCUCCUGGAUUCGCUCUUCCGCAUCGCGAAGACGGACGAGUUCCGGAUCGUCGCGCCGUUGGUCAUUCUCGGGACCCGGGUGUCGAUCAUCGGCGGCCUCUUCCUGGCCAUCAACUCCAUCUACCAGACGACGAAGGCAUUCGACUCCAUGGUGCAGAAGAUUCAGGGCGGCGACAAGUCGUAUUCGGCGGCGGGCUUGCGCAAUCACUUCCGUGGGUCGUUCUCCGUGUCCGCGGCAUUCCCUGGAUGUCUCAUCGUGCUCACGCUCCUGGCCUUCUUUGUUGGCACGUGCAUGACUUUCGUGAUUGUGGUAUCUCUCGUGACUCCAGUGGUUCUCUUCUUCAUCGAAACUACAAAACCUCUCAUUCUGCGCCUCCUCGAAACUUAUGUCUAUCCGUUUCUUACGGUGUUCGCCGUCAAGUUUGUCCUGAAGUCGGUAGUUGUGGACAAGCUCCUCAUAAAGGAUGGAGAGAUACGUGCCCCGCCGAUCUUCGCGCCGCUCUGGUACGUCUUGGUGAUGCUCAACAUUGUCUGGGCUGCCUUCACGGUGCCAGCCCGCUUCGUAUUCUCGGUGUUUGGGGCGCUCUACACCUCGACGCUGAUGCACCACACGGUCCUCCCAGAGAAGGCCGUCAAGGCCCUCGACCCCUGCUACGCCGCCUUCCUGGCCAUGGCGUUCACACAGAGCAACCGGCGCAACCUCGUGCGGCGAUGCUUCCUGACACUUCUCAUUCCGUACCUGCACGUCGCCUUCCCCCCCGCUCCUCCGACGAGGGGCGAGGUCGAGCAGAGCGCCAGGAGGAAGCGGAUCAGGAACAAGUUCUGGGUGCUGGUGACGCUGUUCAACAACCCCGAGCUGAAGCAGUACCGCCGGCGCACGCUGCAGCAGGAGCUGGACAACCUGAAGGUGCUAAGCGAGGAGCCCCUGCGCGCGCCUAGCGCGGAGGAGCCCGGGCCCCGGCCGGGGCCAUGCAAGAGCGCAGUCACGCAGGACAUCGGCCACGUGGGCGUGCGAGAAGGCUCCGAGGCGGAGCCCGGCGUCGUGAGCCUGUAG